AUGAUUUGUGGUUCAACAAGUAUGACAACAGGCAUGUGCUCCAUAAUAGUUCAUAUACAACCAGUGCUUAUCGGUAUACUUCCGAGCAAAGAGUGUGAAUCAUCAGCAGGUUCUAUAACAAUAUUUGGUCAAGACCUCCGAAGAAACUUGUCUUCUUGUCGUUCAAGCAUGGGUUUCUGUCCACAGUUUAACUGCAUUUUCGAGCACUUGACCGUUAACGACCAUUUUUGGUUUUUCUCUAAGCUGAAAGGAGCUGGUGGUGAUUGGGAGGCAGAUGCAGAUGUGCUCUGCUCUUCUGUCGGCAUGCAACACUUGAGAAGAAAGGCAAGUGAGACGAGCCAAAAUUGA